AUGCCGGACUCGGUAAAAUCCCUCAAAAAGAGCAAGGGAGAGCUGAAGAGGCAGCUCGAGCACGCUAAAAAAGAGUUGAAGAACCUGGAGCAGCGAGUUACGAACCAAGAAUGUAUGGUAAGAAAUGUCAAAAGUGAAGAAGGCGCUGCGGCCAUCUUGAAUAGAUCUAGAGAAGCUGAGGCGAGCCUUGAGUUCGUUAAUCAAGAGUUUGAUGAUACUAAGCUCCAGCUGGAAGGAAUUCGGGAAUCCCUCGCCAACAUCAAACAACGGCUUACCAACUUCGAGGAACGAUUGCUAACCCUUGAAUUUACAUUCAAUGACAUUCAGAAUCAUAGCUAUUCGUUCAAAUUCAAAGUAUUGGGUGUCCCAGAGCUGUCUGACUCGGAGAGUGCAGCCGAUACUAGUUUAUUGUUGUACGAUUAUUUAAUGCAAUGGGAACAAUACAUCAACAUUGCACACCGCGUCCCUCCUCAUGAUUUAUCGAGAGGAGGUCCGAGACCAAUUAUUUGUAAUUUUACACGACGGUUAGUAAGAAAUGAGGUUAUGAUCUUGAGCAAGGAGGCCAACAAGAUCAGCGCGGCUGUUAUCGGUUUUGAUGAAGAUCGGAUUAUGUCAAACCCCAGGGUGGUUGAGCAUCUAACUCCCAGAUUACAGAAACUUUUUGUGGACGUAAAAGCUUUCAAAAAUCAAUAUCAAUACGCGUUCUGCUGGGUAAAAAAUGGAUCCAUACUUCUACGCAAGACGGCUGAUUCGCACCCUGUUAGAGUCAAGAGUCAGCGGAUGACCGCUGACCAAGAGUCAAGAUCAUCUUACCAACUUAACGCCACAAGAACAGAUCAGGCGGAACUCUUCUUCUUCUGA